UUUUAGUUGUUACGGAGCACAGUGAAUGCUUUUCUAAUUUUUCACCAUAUCUUUAAGCACACUUCAGUUUUAGAAAAGGAUUUGGAUGAUUUGCAUGAAAUCUAAUUAAGGAUAAUGGAUAAUUUAGAUGGUGAAGAGCCUAAAGAAUAUCGAUGGGAGACCGGCUAUGAAAAAACAUGGGAAGGUAUUAAGGAGGAUGAUGACGGCAUACUGGAUGAUGCCAUCGCUGAAAUUAUACAAAAAGCGAAACGUAAAAGGCAGGCUCAGAAAACUAAGCAAAAUAAAUUGGGCAUGAUGCGACAUUUGUUCAUAAUAUUAGAUUGCUCUGAGUCGAUGUCUGUUCCUGAUCUUAAACCAACAAGGCUUUUAUGCACCUUAAAAUUGUUGGAAAUUUUUAUUGAAGAGUUUUUCGAUCAAAAUCCAGUUAGUCAAAUGGGUUUAAUUGUUUUGAAAAGCAAGCGGGCUGAGAAAAUUACUGCAUUAACGGGGACCGCCAAACUGCAUUUAAAUGCAUUAGAAAGUUUAAGCAAAAUUAGCCUUUCUGGUGAACCUUCCUUGCAGAAUGGCUUAGAUUUAGCAUUGAAAUCUUUAAAAGUUGUGCCCUCUCAUGCCUCUCGAGAGAUUUUAGUGAUUAUGGCGUCUUUAACUACAUGUGAUCCUGUUGAUAUUAAUGUUACAAUUGACAUUUUAAAAAACGAAGGAAUACGUUGUUCAGUAAUUUCUCUAUCUGCUGAGAUAUACGUUUGCCGGCAUCUCACACAACAAACUGUCGGUUUAUAUGGUGCCGUACUAGAUGAUGCUCAUUUUCGCGAUCAACUUUUGGCCUACAUCGAUCCUCCGGCAGCUAGUCAAACACAAGAGAAUUCACUUAUUAAGAUGGGCUUUCCUCAUGCUCGCGCCGAUGAAAGUAAAGAUCCCCCACUUUCUAUGUGCAUGUGCCACAUUGAAAAUCCUGAGGAGCCAAGUAAACUAACAUCGGGUGGCUAUCAUUGCCCACAGUGUUUUAGUAAAUAUUGCGAGUUGCCGGUAGAAUGUCAAACAUGUGGCCUCACCUUAGUUUCGGCACCACAUUUGGCUCGUUCGUAUCAUCAUUUAUUUCCUGUACAACAUUUCGCAGAACUUGCUUACAAUGGCCAGGCAGCCGUAUGUUAUGCCUGCCAGCGGCCGCUGUCUGAAUCUACCAAUAAGUUUGUAUAUCGAUGUGAGAUCUGCACGCAAAUCUAUUGCUGUGACUGUGAUAUUUUCAUACAUGAUACUUUACAUACUUGCGUUGGUUGCAAUACCAUACCGGGCGUAAUGGCGCAAUUUUAUAACCGGAAACCUCAACCGCUACCGAAUAUGGUCAUAGGCAACUCUUUAGGUCAAAGGUUUUAAAAGAAAUUUCACAGCGUGAUUUUAAA